AUGAAAAAAUUGGGAAUUGUUUUUUUCAUUUUACUUAUCAAAGAAGUAUUCACAUUGAAAAUAUUAUCAAAGAGAAAAUAUCCGAAUGUGCAGAACGGAGUAUAUCAGUUAGACAACCGAGGAAGACCAAUAAAAAUUGUUGAUGUAAAUUACAAUCAUGUGUGGGAAUUGCCAAAAAAUGGAAGUGUUAAUUCUUAUGCCGUUGUUAAAAAAAAUGGAAAAGUUAAAAAGUUUAGUGAAGGAACAAAUAUAAUAUAUGGAACUACAAAAAAAGAAAAUCUGGAUGAUGUUUUUGAAGAUGAGGAAGUAGAUGAAAAUCAAAUAAAAAAAGAUAUUGCAAAGAGUAAAAGAGUAAAAAAUAUAAAAAAUGUUUCUAGUGUAUCUAAGAAUGAAAAAGAGAUGGAAGAAAAGAAAAAAAAAAAAAAAAAGCUUGAAGUACCUGGUGCUAUGCAUAUAACAGCUGAAGAUGUCCCGGAGAUGCAGGAGAAAGAAGAGGAGGAAGGAUAUGGCGAUAUAGCAAAAGAAUUAGGAGCUAAGAUAAAGGAAAAUUUAGAGAGCCAUUACCAGGAAAGCAAAGUCCCAUCGUCUUUAAGUGCCGAUUUGCUAGAUGUUAAAAUCCCCACGAAUUUGGAAAAACUUCUAAUGGACGAUCUGGAAGAGAGGAGAUGGUUUUCGAAAAAACCUGUACAUGAUAAAAUAUGCUUACGAGAUUACUCAAAACAAUGUCCUUCUAUGUGGGAGGAAAUAUCAGAAACUCAGUGCAUAGCCCCCAAAGAUUACACGGGGCCCUGUUCACAUUUAAUGACUCUUGAACCCAUGACUGCAAAAGAGAAAAGCCUAAUAGGAAGCGAUUGCAAUGUAAACUGGUUGUGCCUCAAUGAGUCAUGUGGCAAUAGCGAAAGGGAUUACUCAAAGGACUGUCCAGAGAGUUGGACAUACACGGGAAAAUGCGAAGCACCAAAAAAUUACUCAGGAGGGUGCAACAAGACAAUGGAUUUUGGGGCCUUUACGCAAAACGAAAAGGAGGAGUUUUCUUCUGCUUGUAAAGCGGUUUGGCCAUGCAAAGAUACGUCGUGCGAAAGAGAUUAUUCAAUAACAUGUCCUAAAGGAUGGUCCUAUAAUACAAAUAAGGAUAUAUGUAGCAGCAACCAGGAAUUCGAAGGAAUAAUUUCGAAGGAGGAAAUGGAUGCUAUAAGUAACAUGUCUUAUCAUCAAAGAAUAGCCUUCUCUACAAAAUAUGAAAUCGCUUGGCCAUGUAAAAAUAAAUGUAUUAUUGGUUACGAUAUAUAUGAUUGUCCUAGAGGAUGGAUGAAUUUGAUGAAUUCAGGAGUUUGUAAAGCUCCUGAUGAUUACAUACCUCCUCUGAACUGCCCCCGAAUAACCCAUUUUGAUUACAUGAGUAUAAGUGAAAAGGAGAUGUUUAGUAGAAAGUGCAAUGUUAAAUGGUUAUGCAUUGAGAACUCCCAAAGAGAUUAUUCAAAAUGUCCAAAAUACUUUGAGUAUGUAUCUGAGGGAAAUAAUAAAGGAUUUUGUAUACCAAAUGAAAAAUAUCGAGGACCCUGUAAAGAUACUCAAGACAUAUUAUCAUUAACUCUGGAACAAAAAUAUAAUUUCGAAGAGACUUGUGAAGCUCAGUUUCAUAACAUGAGAAGUGAAGAUAUUCCUCAAGCGGAACAGGAUAUCAUUAGCCCUACUACGAUUGAAAAAUUGCUCAAGGGAACAGAUAUAACAGAAAAGGGUAUUACCUUGGAGUAA